UCGCUGCUUGCUCGCUGUGGGCUGCGCCAACAUGGCGGCUUUCUGAGUUUACGAAGAAAAAACUAAGGGUGUAAAUAAACAUACUGCACACCAUUUGCUCAAUAUACAUUAUUUUUAGCCCGUCUGCUAUUGAUGAGCUAUCGCACAGACCGGCAAAAAUGUCGAGUGACGGCGGUAAAAAGCAAUUUUGGAAAAGAAACACAGCGAAGGUGCCUGGCAGUAUACAGCAUGUUUAUGGAGCCCAGCACCCUCCAUUUGACCCACUUCUACAUGCUAAUUUGAUCAAAGCUGGAAACAAGCCCCCCUCGACGAGCACGCCAGGCAAGCCGAAAAAAGCCACCACCUUCCAGGAGUUUGAGAGCAUCACCAGCGACGCCUGGGACGUUGGAGAUGACGACGAUGAGCUCCUAGCCAUGGCUGCCCAGAACCUAAACAUUGAAGUCGUCAUGGAGACGGCCAAUAAGGUGAUAGAGAACCACAGCAAACUUCAGGAGCGAAGGCAGCAGCAGCAGCUGGACGAGGUGUUUGAGCCUGAGGAGAAAGAGGAAGAGGAGGGGCAUGAGGAGGAUGAAAAUGAGCAGGAGGAAGAAGAGGAGGCAGCCGAGACGACAGCAGAACUGUCCUUCAGCACUGAGCGCCUCCCACACAGAGACAGCAGGCUGGUGAAGUCCCACAGCGAAGCGCCCAUUGGCUCCCCAAAGGAGAUGAUCGGGGAGCGGGCUGCACUACAGAGACAACAAUCGCUCCCACAUCGGCCAGUCAUUCCACUGGUUGCCCGCAUGGCAGAUCAGAAUACGUCCGGCACCCCAGCCAUGACGGAGAGAGAGGCCUCCAGACUGGACAAGUUCAGACAGCUCCUGGCAGGCCCUAACACUGAUCUUGAGGAGCUGCGGAAGUUGAGCUGGUCUGGAAUUCCACGGCAAGUUCGUCCCAUCACAUGGAAGCUUCUCUCGGGCUACCUGCCUGCCAACGCAGAGCGCAGAGCCAGCACGUUGCAGAGGAAGAGGCAGGAGUACUUUGGCUUCAUUGAGCAGUACUAUGACUCCCGCAAUGACGAGCAUCACCAGGACACCUACAGACAGAUUCACAUUGACAUACCGAGAACUAAUCCUCUUAUUCCUCUCUUUCAACAAGCUUCUGUGCAAGAGAUCUUCGAGCGAAUUCUCUUCAUCUGGGCCAUACGGCAUCCAGCCAGCGGCUACGUGCAGGGCAUCAACGACCUUGUCACUCCCUUCUUCGUUGUUUACGUCUUUGAGUAUAUUGAGGAAGAGGUGGAAAAUUUCGAUGUUUCCAGCUUGCAGGAGGAGGUGCUGCGGAACAUCGAGGCUGACAGCUUCUGGUGCAUGAGCAGGCUGCUGGACGGCAUUCAGGACAACUAUACGUUUGCCCAGCCAGGGAUUCAGAGGAAAGUGAAGGCUCUGGAGGAGCUGGUCAGCCGGAUUGAUGAGACGGUGCAUCGACACAUGCAGCACUAUGAGGUGGAGUACCUGCAGUUUGCCUUCCGCUGGAUGAAUAACCUGCUGAUGAGGGAACUGCCCUUGCGCUGCACUAUCCGGCUAUGGGACACCUACCAGGCCGAGCCUGAAGGCUUCUCCCACUUCCACCUCUACGUGUGUGCUGCCUUCCUGGUGCGCUGGAGGAAGGAGAUUCUGGAGGAGAAGGACUUCCAGGGCCUGAUGAUCCUUCUGCAGAACCUACCCACCAUGCACUGGGGCAACGAGGAGGUGAGCGUGCUCCUGGCUGAAGCCUACCGACUGAAGUUCGCCUUUGCAGACGCUCCCAAUCACUACAAGAGAUGAGGCUGGCUGAGGGACCCCCACAGCACUGCUACUGAAAUGAGCCCCCACCGGCCCACCCCAAAGGCUCCUGAUUGCUACCCCUUCAUUAUGUAGAGUGUGUUUGUGGGAUUGAUUCCAUGGACAGCUCUCUCGCCUACCGUUCCUCCAAUUCUCUCUGUUCUUACUAACGUGAGCACUCCAGACGUCAACUGUCACCUGUCCAUCAAAAGAAAAGACUUCUCCUAAACCUCCUAAUAGACCCAAUCACUUUUUCCCCCUUCUAUGCUAUUGAAAUCCUGUUCCUAAAAAGGUAAGCCACCUAAUAGAUUUCCAGGCUAAGGAGGUGUUUUGUGUAGGCUGAUACAAUUUUAGCAGUUCAUUAGAAAACGCUGAGCUCUCCAGCCUGGCUUUAGAAGGAAAUACUGACACUGUGUGUAUGAGUGUGAGGAUAGUGAGAGGCGUCUCUAAUGGCACAAAUCUUCUAUACCAAGCGAAAAAAGCUUGAAUGUGCACUUCUGCACUCAGUGGUCUCCAUUGCAGAAGCGCCGUUACGGUUGCUGGUCAGGAGUGCACUGCAUUAAAGGCAAUAAUUAGGCAUUACUCAGACAGGAAGACAGAAUAUAGACGCUCAUCCAUACAGCCACAGAAGCUGUGCAAGAAUACUCCCUGCAAGUAGAAUCAAAGAACACUUUAUUUAAACCUAGGUCUACCUCAGGAGCCAGACUGCUGAACUGGCGGUGAGAUGGAAUGCGUUACUAGGGUGAAUAUAUCUGCCUCCGUGUUAGAACAAUAGCCAUGAUGUUCAUUUCCCUGAACACUUUACUGUUUAUUUUUUCUUUUUUUUAAUAGAUUAAACAAGAUUUGCCUUAAUUUGGCUACUCCAGUAGGCCUUUUUUUACUUCCAGCUUGCCAGCUAUGAAGCAGGUAACUACAUUUCCGGUCUAAGCAUAACAAAUAUCACAGUCAACAAGGCUGUAUGGGAAGUACAGCAAAUUGGGUUGCAAUUCUGGCUAAAAAAUUCAAAGCUGUAAUGGCUUCUAGUGAUACCUUAACAAGCCAGCAUACUUAUCACACAAUUAACUGAGGAGAAAAGAUUGUGUAGAAGACAAGUCCCCUUUAACCAUGUAGAGUUACAUAGAUGUUUUGUUAACUUGACAUCAAAGUUGACAAAAGCAGCCUUAAUGACAUUAGACAACGACUGUUGUAGUAAACCUAAAUGAAUUUUUAUGUAAGUUUGUCAGUUGUCAUAAUGAGUUUAUGUAGGUGUCAUGAAGCCUUAUGAACAUGACCUACAGCAAAGUGUUACCAACAAUCUCCUGGCGUUUUAUGGCCAAGGCCGAAUAUAUUCGAAUAAUAAUGUAUGUUUUCAAAUGCACUCCUCUGUGCUACCAGCUAAGCAUCCUGCUUUAAGGCAUUUAGUUAGGGCUGCCCUCAGUUCCAAACAAAAUGAGCCCUAUCAGUCUGGAAUACUGGCUGUUCUAUCACUUUCCAAUCAAGUACACGUGACAUUCACAGUGAAUCCAGGCAGUUUGAAGACUAGAGGAUCCUAAUUUUAAAGUAAAUUGAUAUGUUUACAUUUGCACCCAUCACUUGUUGAAGUUGUAAUGCAGUCAUCACUCAUGUCUGACCACAACUGGUAAGUUAAACUUCAGUUUGUUUAUUGAUAUUACCAUGUAGGACUUUUUAUAUUUUGAAAAUAGUAAUAAAAUAAAAUAAUAAAAUAUAAUAAAAUAAUUUAAUUGAUGCUACAGUGAUGAACCACAAUCUAUUUUAAUAAACUUUCCAAAUUGCCUGAAUUCACACUGACUGUAACGUGUGCUCAGGAAUCAGGAAUUGAAUAAGUCCAGUUUACGGUGUUUUUGUUAGGAGUUUUGGCUCUGAGGGAUACAACAAAAGGAUGUUUGUUUUUUUUCAGCCGGAAAUGUUGUUACCUGCAUUUUUAGAAACCGAUGGAAGUGUCAACCCUGAAACAUGAAAGAGGCCUGUUCUGCUAGGGAACAGAGAGCCAACGGCUGUUGGAGAUGGCUGGAGCAUACAAUAAUAGCUGCUCCAACAAAUUAGCCUUUUCAGUUAACGGACUGUCAUUUUGAGCUCCUGUUUGGCGUAAAGAUCCAUACUCGUCGCAUGAUGCUGUCAUUAGUAAGUGUGUUUAGGGCAGUCCGCUCUCGACAAAGCAGAUCUUUGCAGUAUUCAAACUUUUUGCUCUGCUUCUGAUCAUGUUUGUCAGGCUUUUAAAUUUCUGUGCCAGUUCAAAAAAAAAAAAA